GAUAUUGUAUAGAGCUCAACGAAUUAAGAGAGUGGUCAAGCAAAUCGGCACGUUCAUUAUAAUCGGACUAUUUAGUAAUAUUUCGGUUACCAUGGUGAUUGUGGUCUGGGUUAUUGAGUAAACAAGACAAUACAAACAAACCUGACAUGUACAACAUCCUACUUAUCAAUAUAUUUUGUGAAGAUCUAUUCAAGUGAGAUUAAAUGUGAAUGAAAACUUCACUUUUGAUUGAGAUUUAGUACCAUGAUUUGGGUUCUUUCACUGAUAAUUCAAAUGACCACCUCGUUCAUUUAUUCAUUGAUAAUCACAAAAGCACAUGCUACGUAAGUCUUGACUUGUGUUGAUUAUGCUGACAAGAAAACAGUCACCUUGCAUGAAAAUCUGUUCCGUUCAGGGAUUCAUCGUCAUAUUCUUGGUGACAUCACUCUUGUCUCGCCGUAUAUGAGUCAACAUGAUGAUAAUAACGGAUCGUCUGAAUACAACAACGUCAUCGACGUUGGUCGAUGUCGACAUCGAAUCACGUCCACUAUGCUGGUUUAUUUUGCCUACAAUGAAACAUGGUAUGCUGGGUCUUGCUAUCUUCAUUAUGUCAGCUACACUGGUCAUUAUCCCUAGUCAUCGCCGACUUCGUAAGCGACAUCACAUCUUUCCCUAUAACUUGGUGCUAUCCGAUUUUUGUGGUGCAAUUGUGUUUGCAGUCUUCGAAGGGACUGGAGAACUUCCUUUAGAGUAUGUAGAGGCUCUACAGACAAUAUCAGUAACAUCAUUCAUAGUGUCCCUACUAAGCAUCGUUCUGGUGGCUGGAUAUCAAUUCAUAACUAUCAGGGUUGAUCCUUUUGGCGCCCAAAACAUCAUCACGACGCCACGCCUUAUCAUUGCAUGCUUAUUAACAUGGGCGUUUUCAUUUUCGAUCUCUGUGACUACUGUCCUAACGAUCAGUGAGUAUACCACAAUCUUCACACUGCUCUUGUGCAUUUCGCUGAUCACCACCACCAUCACUGGUUUCUGUUACGUCUUAAUCUACCGCUCCGUUGCGAAGGUUCCCUGUGAAGGCAACAUCACCGCCGCAAGGAAGGAGGAAAAUCAGCGGGUGCUCCGUACGUUUGGUCUUGUAUUUGGGACUACUGUGGUUUGCUGGAUCUGUCCGUGGGUCCACUGGGCCUUCUUAAGCCUCGGAUUUGAGUACAUGUGUCUAUUCAAUGCUGGGGAUAUGAUGAUAUGUGCUAACUGGAUAGCGAACUGUGUCAUCUACUGGUGGCGACUCAAAGAGUUUCGAGCAAUUUUUUCGAGUUCUGCAGUAGGAAUCGUAGACGUGCUGUAGAUGUGCAAAUGAUUUGU